AUGCUGCUGCUUCCAGAGAAAGAACUCGCCCACCUGCUGCGCCGUCUGACAACCGAGCAAUGCCAGCAGCUGCUCCACGCCCUGUCCGAUGCACUGGGCACCUUCUCUGCCCAGACAGUGUCCGCAGCGGAAAAGCUGAUCCACCAGCCACUGCGGAGCCACAUCGUCACCAGAGACGGGGACACGGCCCUGUUCAUGCCCGUGUCGGACACGAGCACGACGGGGAUCAAGAUAGUCGCCAUCCCGGCACAGGGCGGCGGCGUGCAAGGCGUCAUCAACGUCCUCUCCCCGCAGGGCAAGCUCAUGGGCGUGCUCAGCGCUGCCGAAGUCACGGCGUUUCGAACCGCCCUGGCCACGAUGACCCUCUUCACGCGCUGCGUGUCUCUCCCCAAAAGACACAUCCUGAUCUUCGGCUCUGGUCGACAGGCUGAAUGGCACGCGCGACUCGCGCUGCUGCUCGUGCCCGACGAGAUCGAGACCAUCACGUUCGUCAACCGGGGCCGGAAGAGACUGGAGAAGAUUGAGCACGAGGUGCUCCCCGAACUGCGACAGCGCUAUCCGAAAAUCACCAUGAGGGUGCUCGCCAAAGAAGACACCCCGGAUUACGACACGCAUCUCCGCUCGUUGCUCGCGUCCAGUGACGUCCUCUUCUGCUGCACCCCGUCUACGGAACCCCUCUUUCCGUACGUCUAUCUGCAGACUACUGGCAGACAGAGAUUUAUCUCCCUGAUCGGCUCGUACAAGCCGCACAUGCAGGAGGUCGACACGGAGACGCUGCUGUCGGGUGGGGGCAGGGUCUAUGUCGACUCCAAGGAAGCGUGUCUGGAGGAAUCCGGCGAGCUGAUCCGGGCUGGCGUCAGAGAGGAGCAGCUCGUCGAGAUUGGCGAGCUUUUCGCGGGAGGAAAGACUGUGACUGUGACGCCCUCUCCGGGCGAGAAUGUGGUCUUCAAGUGUGUUGGUAUGGGCAUUAUGGACUUGGUCGUUGCUAAGACGCUGCUGAGUAUGGCAGUACAAGGUAUCAAAUUUGUUCUUUCAAAUAAAAAUCCCUUCCCUCCGUUCGGUGUCAUGUUUCCUUCCUUCAUAUACUGCAUAUCAUUGCCCCCUCUCCUCCUUUUCAGCCAUCACAGUACACCCAGCCCCCGCAUCACCCUCUGCUUUUCUCCUUAUUUUAUCCGUCCCAUGCAACCAGUCCAUGACGCCCAAAAUGCCAUAACCCACACGCAUAUCGCGAUGAUGACGAUCAUGCAUCUCAACGCUGGGGACGCGGAAAAAAUCGUACCCGCUGUGCGCCAGCGCCGCGUCCCAGAGGACGAGCACCGCGAAGACGAAGACGGUGAGCACGUGCGCGCGCAGCGCCAUCAUCGGCAGGGCAAUGGGCAGCGCGUUCUCGAGCACAUGGUCCACGGCGUGCGAGUACACGGUGCUCAGGGCCACGGGCGCCGUGAACCGGUGGUGUUGGCGGUGGAUGAGCCGUAUGGGACUGACGACGAACAUGGUGCGCUCGAACCCGUACCCGCCCAGCAGCGCCAGCAGCGUCACCUGCGAGCAGACGAGGAAGACAUGGUUGACGGCAACGACAAUGACGCAGUCGAGCACGUCCCACGACGAGGGCUGCUGCUCGGGGGGUUGCAGUUUGCGUUUCGCAGACCACGCCGGCCAGAAAACGUCGAUCAUCUGAUAGACGAAUGCGGGGAAAAGCAAGCCGACGACCUGCGCGGCGACGGACACGAGGAUCUCGAUGACGCCGGGUGGAUGGCGGAGACAGAACUCGGCCCAUGUUUGCCCCAGGAUGUCCAUAUUAACAAAUCUCCGAUAUGCUUGAUCUGA